AUGGCGGACGGCGUGGACAAAAGGGGGCCCAUGCCGCCGGGCUGGGAAGCCCGAUACGAUAAUAGGACAGGCAGGCAUUAUUAUCUGAACCACUAUACAAAGACUACAUCAUGGGAGGACCCGAGACUGAAAUUGAAACAAAUAAAUGGAAUUAUGAACGAAUGCGGCCCUGUUCAGGCCAAUUCAUCACCAUAUCAUGUCUAUCCUGCACAAUUUCCGGUCCAGGCCGCUUUUCACACGCCGACAGAUGGCAGCCCGAUCGCACAAAACCGAUUGUUGUUAAAUCCAGAUCCAAUGGAAAUAGAACAAGCCGUAAACCGUAUCCAUGCAAUGUUUCCAACAGCCACUGAUACACAUAUAAGGAUUUUACUUAAGAAGUAUUACAACCGUGAAGCGGUUGUUAUCUCGGCUUUGCAAGUAGAAAAGCAUCCUAUAUCCGAACCGGGACCGUUGGUGUUUCGUACGCCUCCCGCAAGGUGGAGACAUUUAUCCGGUGCCAAUAUUGCUGUUAAUGCUUUGCAGAUGACACCAAUUAUGGGGCGAGAUAAUUCUUCAAAAUCUGGCAGCCCAAUGAUGAGCGGAAGGAUUAGUACACCCAUAACCAGGGCAUCUUCAGGAAAUAGCACAACUCUGUAUGGAUCUCCUUUGGGUUUCAGGAGUUCUCCGAGGCCACAUUCUUCGCCAAAGAUGAAACUCAGGUAUCUCAAAUCAAUUUUCCCGAAAGCAGACGAGACGUUGCUCCUGGAUAUUCUAGCAGGAUCGGACAACAAUGUUCAAGGGGCUUCCUUGAAACUUCUAGGCCUUGGUUACGAAAAACAAGUCACUUUUUCACCCCUCACCACUGUGGAAGACAGAAAGAAGUGCAACAGCAAAGACGCCAAGAAGAAAGAAGCAUCAAAAUUGACUUCUAAAUCCACCAAUAAACACCAGGAUGCGGAUGGCGACCAAAAAAGCCAGAAGUCUGGAGCUGGUGAGGAUGAUGGGAAGGACUUGGAUAAGAUUGCUAAGAGCAGGGAAGAGAAAACCAGAAUGCAACAGUUGAUGCAAACCCAAUAUGCACAAGUGUCCAACGAACUUGUUCGUUUAGCUUUAGACAGUGCCAACUACAGUGAACAAAAAGCCAAAAGGUUUCUGGAUAGUGUAGUAGUCGACAAAAAGAAACCAACACCUGGAGACGUUAAACCAGAAGUUUCUGCCGAUCAGGUUGUCUUGACAUCAAGUACUGCCCAAGAAAUUACUAGUAGUGAAGUCAAAGAGGAUAUAGUAGAGAUUAAGACUGAUGAUGGUGAAAAAAGAAACGUUGUUUGUACAGAUGAAACCGACAAGGUGGAAAGUGUGAAGAGCAAAAGUAGCAAAAGUAGUGGUGGAGGUGCUGGUGGUGCUGACAAGAGGAAUAAAAACAAUGUCAAUGGUGGAGAUUCUAUUACUGGAUUGCAUUGGAAAACGAACAAAAGUGGUAAUUCUUCUCCAAAACAGGACGAUGGUUCUUCCAGCACACCUGAAGAUGGAUCUUCCAAAGAGAACUCCUGGGACAAGAUCACUGCAGCUCUUAAUAUGAAAGACAGGUGGAUGCUCCUAAAAAAUCAUACCAGUCAACUAUCAAAGCAGCAGCAACGAACACAGGCUAAAGGACCAGAUUCGACACUCUGCAAGGGGCCGGACAAUGAUCUAUUAUUACUCGAUUACCAGGCCUGGUGCGGCCCGGAUCCGGCAAUGUGCAAAGGGCCCUCCAAAGCUCUACUGUCUUCGUAUCAGAAUACCAAGAAUGUUCUGUUGAAUUCCGUCAACAAAUCUGUCAACCAGACGUCAAUCAGCACGAGUACUAUUGCUUCCAAUUUGAUGAAUAAAACGAAAAGUGGGACUACAUUGAAUGCCAAAGGGCCGAAUCCGCUCCUGAGGAAGGGCCCGGAUAAAAGUAUACUUCUAUUAUCAGGUACUUCCAAUGGUAGCAAAAAAUCCUUUGGACUAUAA